AUGGCAACACAAGGAACCUCCCGAGGAGGUAAAGUCACUGAAUUCAGUGGAGAGCACUUGAACCUGGAGGAACUGGAACACAAGGAAACACAUGAGAAAUUCAGGGGAUAUUUAAACAAAAGAAAUAUCCCACCGUACCCCCAUCCAGAGUUUCAUGUGUCUCAUUUGAAGCACGACACUGAUCGACGCCGGUUAGAAGGAAUCUAUAAAGACAGCGGCUUCAGAGGUUCAGAAGACGAAGGUUCUAAAGGCAACUCUCUCAUGUGGUUUCAUCUGGCUGUGAGUCCUGAGGAGAUCAGAUCUGCUGAGAGGAAGCUGCUGGAGGAAAAAUUCCCAGAAUCGCCUGAGGUAAAGGCUUCCAACAGCUUCCUGUGGGAGUUCGCCACGUCUCCAGCCUUCUCUGAGACGUCUACGUACGGCUCGUUCCGCUUCACCCUCCCCCUGCAGGAGGUCCUGGACGCCUACAGCCAGCAGUUUUGCUCUGGACAUCUACCCGCCAUGCGGGUGUACAGGACCUCUGUGUUCAGUCAGGAAGUGCAGUACAUUGUUCUGGUCCAUCGUCCAGAGGAUAACGAGCGCUUCUCCAUAUAUCCUCCGCUGGAAGACCAGCGGGAAGACGCCGUCUGCACAUACAGAGAUAAACACUUCAUCUGGAACUCUCAGGCCAUGUGUGGGACGCACAGUUGUGAGAUGGAGGUCAGUGAAGACCAGAUUAAAGCGGUCCCUGUCAGGGGCUGGAGUGAGUUUUUUGUCUGGGAUGUCGUUUCCAUCGCCCUGCAUUUGGAGCCAGAGGAGGUGCUGCUGCUCACUCAGAAGCAGCUGAGAAAACACCUCACCUUCUGCAACAUGUUUGAUGCUCCAUUCAUGUAUCGUAGGAGACAUCAUUUCCUGGAUUUUGAUGAGGCUCAACUCUUGGUUGAAGGACUGUGGCCUUCUUCUGCCAACCUGGAAAGAGAAGUUUCAUUGCGUUCACAUUUUGAAGUUUCAGAGCCUGUUGCUACAGAGGAAGAUCCUGAGUGGGCUGAGAGACGAGGCCCAGGCUCCAGUCUGGACUCUGCUCAGCAGCCUGGACCGAGCAGAUUCAACUCGAGAGAAAAACUAUCAUGAAGUCAAUGAAAAGAAAAUCUUACUGGGAUUAUGUUUGAUUAGUGUUUGAAUUUUUACUGCGCAAUCAAAUUAAUUGAUGUAUUUUUAAUCUAUUCUGUAAAAAAAUCAAAGAAACUAUGAGACUGAUGGGCUAUUAUGGAAAAUUACUGUUAGGAAACUUCUCUUCUUCAUUGUGUAACCAAUCAGGAAU